AUGUCUCAUCACCAUCAUCAUCAUCACCGUAGAAGUAGUAGUGUUUCAUCACCAUCAUCACAUAACAACUAUUACAGUGGGCAUCAACAACAAACACAACCACAACAAUAUAAUAAUUAUUCACUUGACCAAAAUUAUGAUCAAAUGAAAAAUGAAUAUAAUAAUUUAUCAGAACUUGUACAUAACAUAUAUAAUUCAUUAAAUUCAUAUUAUAUUUAUUUAAAUUCAAAUAGUUUUAUGAAUAAUGUUUCAAAAUUAUUUGGUAAUGAACAUCCAUUAUCAAAAUAUGGUAAUGGUGUUUUAAUGAUGGCAGAUGAAAGUUUUAAAGAUUGGAUGGAUAAUCAAUCACCAAACUUUCAAAUGUUGGGUGACUAUUGUUAUGAUUUAAAUAUUGUAAAAUCUAAAAUCGAUAAAGUCGAUCAACUAUCAUUAGAGUUAUCCCAUCAAAAUUUAGAUGAAUACAUUCAAUUAAAGGAUGAAGUUUUUAGAGAUGUUUCAAAUCAAUUUCAAGCAAGAGUAACAAGAUUCGAUAUACCUUUAAUCAAUACUCAAUUCUCUCUCCCAAGUUUAUAUCAAUGUUUAAAUUCAAUACAUGAAACAAAUGGUACUGAACAAUUACAACAAUCAAUUGAAAUUGCUAAUCCUGUAAUCUCUUUAUCACCUGAUAAUACAAUUGCAAUUAAUACUGUAAAUGAUAAUAAUAAUAAUGAUAAUAAUAGUAAUAAUAGUACACCUGAAAUUAUGACACGUGUUGGUAUACCACCACAAUCACAAGCACAACAACCACAAGCACAACAACAACCACCACAACAACAACAAAGAGUUAAUACAGCAUCAACAUUUUCAAGUCCAACAAUGUUUUUAUCUAAACCUGUAAAAACAGAGGUUACAUAUGCUGCACCACCAAAAACUUUACAAAAAUUACCUGGUUCAAGAGAGUAUACUAGACAAUCUGUACCAACACCACAACAACAAUCACCUUUAAAACCUAUAGCUAGACCAAAUUCUUUACCAAAUAAUAAUAAUAUCAACACUACAGCAACACAACCACCAUUAAGACCAACACCAGUACCAACACCAGCACCAGUUGUUGAGCAACCAACACCAAGUGCACCACCACCUCAAAAUCAACCACCAAUUAUAAUGGGUAGACAAGUUUUACCUCAUAAUCCAAAUAGUAGUAAUAAUAAUAAUUCAAUGGAUAGUGGUAGUGGAGUUAUUUCACAACCACUAAGACCAGUACCCCAUAAAAGUAUUCAAAAAGGCUUCGUAGCUAGUAAUGUUAAUAAACCUCCUUUAUCACCUUCUACUUCAACUCCAAAUUUACAACAAUAUCAACCACCACAACAAUCACAAUCACAACAACAACAACAACAACAACAACAACAACAACAACAACAACAACCUUUAUCACUAUCAAAUUCAACUCCAAAUUUAUAUCAAACACAACAACAACAACAACAACAACAAUCACCUCUACCUCCAAAACCAAGACCAUCUGUACAAUUAUCAUCAUCAACAUCUACUUCACAACCAUUAAGACCUCAACCACCAAUUUCUCAACAACAAGAGCAACCACCAUCUAGACCAAGAUCAUUAUCACUAUCUCAACAACAAACACCAACCCAAUCAUUUGCAAGACCUUUACCAACAGCAUUAAACAAUAACAAUAAUAAUAAUUAA